UACAUAAGGCAAUACUGAUUAUGAGCAGGGUUCAUGAGAGAACAGGCGCAGUAACAGACAAACACCAAGAACACUGAGGAAGACAAGCAGGAAGAAGAGGGGGCAAUCGUAUCCAGAUAUGGGGGUAAAUGGAUCCAAGAACCACAAACAGAGGCAGGUAGUGAUGCUGGGUCUGGACGGAGCUGGAAAAACCUCCCUUCUGUACAAACUGAUGUUCAACGAGUAUGUGGUGACGGUGCCAACGGUAGGCUUCAACGUGGAGACACUGAAGACGGACAGGAGCACCCCCAGCCUGACUGUGUGGGACGUGGGGGGGCAGAAGAAGAUGAGGCCUCACUGGAAGCAUCACUACACUGAUACAGCUGGACUGGUGUUCGUGGUGGACAGCUGUGACCAGAAUCGAAUGGAAGAGGCUCGCAAGGAACUCCACCGGGUUCUGAGAUAUGAAAGCCUCAGAGGAGUUCCUCUGGUUGUUCUUGCCAAUAAGCAGGACCUGCCAGAAGCUCUGGGCAUAGAAGAGCUUUGUCUAAUAUUGGAUUUAAGGAGAUCGUGCGAGGGCAGAGCCUGGUUCAUCCUGCCCUGUUCAGCCAUCACAGGUGUGGGACUAAAAGAAGGCUUCAAGAAGAUAGUCUAUCUGAUGAAGACCCCACUGAAACAGACUCAGGAGGACUUCAAAGUGAAAAUGAAUUCAAAGGGCGUCAGUUGGACAGCUUUGAAAGAAGUGAUCCACAGAUGAUGAUGAAGAAAAUGUUUUUCUUCCCAGUGCCCUCUGAGUCUCCAGUAAACAACCGCUUGGUGAUAUCUGAGACAGAUUAGAGGAACAGUUAGUGAGAAGUGUAAAAUAGGAUCAGGCCGUGAUACAACAUGUCAAGUCUCUUCUCUUAAACCAGACACAAGUUAUUAAAAAAAGCUCAAACUUGAGUGAUUGACUUAUCAUCCACCAGGGAGGUUCUGUCUUUAAAGUGUGUGAUGGAUCAAAUUAUGAACAUGAUGACAAAGGUAAAACUUUUAGUCUUAGUUUUAGAACCAUCCUCGGUUAGAUAAACUACUGUAGUGUGGUUUUAUCUGGAAAAGUCAUGAGUAAAUGACCAAAUGACCAACAAAUUUGUAUAAAAGUUCAGUUUGCAGGAAAGUGACUGAUACACUUUUUUGCACAUGGAAAAUACAUUUAUUUUUUUCACAUGUGCACAAUUUCUUUGUUUUUUUAUGUUUUUAUUUAUUUGUAUUUGUUGUUGUUUAGAGGCUGAAUGUCUUGUUCAUGGCAUGCUUUUUAUUUCUUUAUUUGGAGACUGGCAGCAAAUGGUUUCUAUGACAACAGACUUUGCUUUGCAAUGACAUGCAAAAAUUGCACAUCAAGAAAAUAAACUGUACAUUAUUCCUUAA